AUGACCGACUUCGGCGAGUAUCCGCCCAACAUGGCGCCGCAAGAUGCGCUGAUUGUACGCGAACAAGCUCAACCAGAUCACGCCGUCGUUCCAUACACUGGCGAAGACCUCGCCAGACCCAAAUACGGACCUCUCAACCCCUACAAGGACGAAGCGAACACCCUGAAGCGCAAGAAUGUUCUCACUGGGAGCGCCGAGGAGACUUUCGUCAGCGAACACACCUUUCGAAACAAACAUCGUGCCAUCGAGCGCAAAGGCGGCCCCGAGAGAGAAUACCAGUCUGGGCUUGCGCUCAAGGAGGAAGCGGCGCAGCUAAGAGCUUCACGGCAGAAGAAAGGCGACGCUACGAUUGCCGAUGGCGAUGACGCUUAUGUUGGCCCAUGGGCGAAGUACCAGAAGGACGAGUACGAAGAGGUUGGCGAGGACGAAGAGCUGGCGAGCGACGAGGAGGUCGAGUACGUCUACGUGGACGAAGAUGAUGUCGUCGCGAGUGGGACGGUUGUUUCCGCGCCGAAAAAUGCCCUGGCGAGGAGGAAAGAAGUCGAAGAGUUGGGAGACGAGACGACCACAUUCCACGGCCAGCAAGAAUACGACUACCAAGGACGCACGUACAUGCACAUACCGCAAGACCUCGACAUCGACUUACGGAAAGAGCCCGGAAGCGUCACAAAUUACAUACCCAAGAAGCUGGUGCAUACGUGGAAGAAUCAUGGCGACAAGGCUGUCACCGCCCUACGGUUCUUCCCCGACUCGGGCCACUUAUUGUUGUCUGCCGGCGCGGAUACGACAGUCAAGAUUUUCGAUGUCUAUCACCAAAAGGAGCUGUUACGAAGCUACUCUGGCCAUUCAAAGGCUGUAUCGGACAUCAGCUUCAACAUCUCCGGCACGCAGUUCCUCUCGGCUUCCUAUGAUCGCAUGAUGAAGCUGUGGGAUACCGAGACGGGCACAUGCAUUAACAAAUUCACGACUGGAAAGACGCCGCAUGUCAUCAAGUUCAACCCAUCUGUGGAACAUUCACACGAGUUCCUAGCGGGUAUGUCAGACAAGAAGAUCGUCCAGUUCGACACACGGACACGAGAACUAGUCCAAGAGUAUGACCACCAUCUUAACGCCAUAAACACCAUCACAUUCGUGGAUGACAAUCGGAGGUUCAUGACUACGUCUGAUGACAAGUCCCUCCGAGCAUGGGACUACAACAUUCCAGUCCCCAUCAAGUACAUUGCCGAGCCAUAUAUGUACCCCAUGACUCGCGCGACGUUGCAUCCGUCAGGCAAAUAUGUGGCGUACCAGUCAUCCGACAACCAGAUCGUCGUCUAUGGCGCAACGGACAAGUUCCGCCAGAACAGGAAGAAGAGUUACCGUGGGCACAACAAUGCAGGCACGGCCACGGAUGUCGCCUGCAGUCCAGACGGGCAAUUCCUCGCCAGUGGUGACAGCGGCGGCUUCGUCUGCUUCUGGGAUUGGAAGACGUGCAAGAUGUACCACAAGCUGCAGGCUGGCGACCAGGCCAUCACCAGCGUGCAAUGGCAUCCGCAGGAGACGAGUAAGGUGGUUGCCGGUGGGCUGGAUGGUAUCAUCCGAUACUGGGAUUAG